AUGACCAGCCUAGCAAAUAUCAUUUGUUGUUUAAAAGACACGCUUAAAGCCCUAUAUUACAUGCAUAAAGUAGGCUGGGUGCAUCGUGAUGUCAGCAUUGGCAAUGCAUUAUGGAUCACCAAUAACAACAAUCAGUGCACUGGCAAACUCGCUGAUUUCGAAUAUGCAAAAUGUAUCUAUUCUGAUAAGUCUCAUGACGUGCGAACAGGCACUCCCCAUUUCAUGGCGGUGGAAGUAGAUGCUAAGUGUUACCUGUUUAUAACGUGGGGCUACGGUGAAAAGCUUCUUAGCACUCCUCCUUUUCGGAUGAAUGGGUUGCAUGACAUAGAAUCUGUGUGGUGGAUCUUGUUAUGGGUCAUCUUUUAUUAUACUGACCAGAACCAUCCCACUGUUGACCCGGGUAACCAGCGGAACACACUUCAAGCAAUCUUUCCCGGUGUUCUUGGCCAGAGCUCGCGUCUGAUGGUCGCGAAGACAUGCAAGCCCAUUAGUAAAUUUCUUCGCCAAUUUGCGUCUCACCUGCAAGAAAGCUAUUGGACGGCGGAGGAAUCAAUUAUGACCAUCAAAUUUGAAGAUACCCUGGAAAGCGUUCAUAGGGAGACUGCGAAGAAUCUGUUAAAUGUGCACAAUGCAUAUGCACACGAAGAUGCGAGCAAUGUUAUUCUUUGCCCCUUAGAUAGAUUCCUGACACGCAAAAGAUCAAACUCAGAGGUUCAAACAUCACCAACAAUGCAGGAAAAGAGGAGGCGUUAG